AUACUGCAUUACACAUCAUCUGUCAAUACAAAUUACACUUCCAUACUGCAUAAUACAUCAUCAGUAAAUACGAAUUACACUUCUAUACUGCAUAACACAUCAUCAGUUAAUACGAAUUACACUUCCAUACUGCAUAACACAUCAUCAGUUAAUACGAAUUUCACUUCCAUACUGUAUAACACAUCAUUUGUUAAUACAAAUUACACUUCCAUGCUGCAUAACACAUCAUCUGUUUAUACGAAUUACACUUCCAUACUGCAUUACACAUCAUCUGUUAAUACAUAUUACACUUCCAUACUGCAUAACACAUCAUCAGUAAAUACGAAUUACACUUCCAUACUGCAUAACACAUCAUCUGUUAAUACAAAUUACACUUCCAUACUGCAUAACACAUCAUCUGUUUUUACGAAUUACACUUCCAUACUGCAUUACACAUCAUCUGUUAAUACAAAUUACACUUCCAUACUGCAUAACACAUGAUCAGUAAAUACGAAUUACACUUCCAUACUGCAUAACACAUCAUCAGUUAAUACGAAUUACACUUCCAUACUGCAUUACACAUCAUCUGUUAAUACAAAUUACACUUCCAUACUGCAUAACACAUCAUCUCUUUAUACGAAUUACACUUCCAUACUGCAUUACACAUCAUCUGUUAAUACAAAUUAUACUUCCAUACUGCAUAACACGAAUUACACUUCCAUACUGCAUUACACAUCAUCUGUUAAUACGAAUUACACUUCCAUACUGCAUAAUACAUCAUUUGUUUAUACGAAUUACACUUCCAUACUGCAUUACACAUUAUCAGUUAAUACGAAUUACACUUCCAUACUGCAUAACACAUUAUCAGUUAAUACGAAUUACACUUCCAUACUGCAUUACACAUCAUCAGUUAAUACGAAUUACACUUCCAUACUGCAUUAUACAUCAUCAGUUUAUACGAAUUACACUUCCAUACUGCAUUACACAUCAUCUGUUAAUACGAAUUACACUUCCAUACUGCAUAACACAUCAUCUGUUUAUACGAAUUUCACUACCAUACUGCAUAACACAUCAUCAGUUAAUACUAAUUUCACUUCCAUACUGCAUAACACAUCAUCAGUAAAUACGAAUUACACUUCCAUACUG